AUGCUUUAUUCGUCGCUUUACUGUCCAAUGCUGACAGACAACGGAUCGAAACUCUUUUCCUUGAGAUUUUUUAUUCAUUCUUUUGUUCAUUUUAUUCUCCCCCUUCGCCUACUUUCCUUCGUCAUUUUUCUUUCAUCUUAUUUUUCAUUCGGGCGUUCUCUUUGCUUUCAUUCAUUUUUCAAUCAUUUUAUCUCAACGUUAUUCCUUCAUUCCUUCAUCAUCAUCAUCAUAAUCAUCAUCAUCUUCUUCUUCUACUUCUUCUUCUACAAUAUAAUCAUUUUCUUGGACUUCUUCAUCAUGAGUUACUUUUUAUCCUUUUUCAUUAUUUUCUUCUUUUCCUCUUCCUUUUUUUUUUUAAUCUACUUCACCAUCAGCAUCACUAUUUUUUCUUCAGCAUCAGCAUAUUCUAUUUCUCCUUAUUCUUCAUUUGUCUUCUUCAUCAUCAUGAUUUUAUUUUCUUUUUUCAUCAUUUUCUUCUUUUUCUUCAUCCCUUUUCCGUCUUCUUUUCCGUCUUCUUCUUCUUCUUCUUCUUCUUCUUCUUCUUCUUCUUCUUCUUCUUCUCACUCUCUCUACAUCACGUUUAAUAUCUCUAUUUUAUUUUUUAUUUUCCUUAUUUCUCUCCCUUUUCAUUUCUUCCCUCUUUUUCAAUUGAAAAUAUUUCCUUUUAAAACUGAUUCCUUGUCUUUUUCUUUCGUAUACAAAGUCGUGUGGAAAAUUGCUACCUAUCAAUUUCUUUCUUUCUAUCUAUUUAUCUCCCCCUCUCUCUCUCUCUCUCUCUCUCUCUCUCUCUCUCUCUAA